AUGCAGAGCUUGCGUGGGAUGAUUGCAACGACGGGAUCUAUUGUCGUGGCCGGUGCUGGACUGGCGGCCGUCGAGUUAGCGGGCGAGCUGAGAAGCAAAGACGUUACUCUAAUAGCCGCGGAUGUCUUACCCCUUGGACCUGAAGCGCGUUUAGAUAUACGACAGACUGUUGUUGACGAGUUAACUCAACUUAAGGUUAAGGUUAUGGCCAAUACGCAUGUCGUCGAAGUUUCUACUACUCCUGCUAGGAACCAAUCGCUCGUGCUGAAAUCUACUGACAAAGUGCCGGAUGAUACCGCCAUCACCGUUCUUGAGGCUGAUUUCUACAUCCCGGCGUUCGGUGUACGACCGAGCAUCGCUUUCGUGCCAGAAGAAGUGCUUGACCCUGAUGGUCGUGUCAAGGUCGAUCGCACGACGCUGCACGCCACAGGUUACGCCAAUAUAUUCGCUCUGGGCGACGCCGCCAACGCUCAAACGGCCACGGGCAAGCAUGCUGAUACUCAAAUUGGUUACCUUGCGCCGGCCAUGCAGGUCUGGCUGAUCGGGCGUCUCAUUCCCCAAAUACAAGGCUGA